GGCAAUCACCUCCACAAAUUUACCCAAAAUCUCCAUUUCUCUGAUAUAUACAAACCUACAAUAGGUGUGACCAGUUACAGUGGUGAGUAUAAACUACAAUCCCUCCAGCCAGACUUUUUAAAGCCUUGAUUCUUGACUCUCACAAUCUCAUCCCAAAACUCAUGGCAUUGGCAAUUCAAAGCACUGAAAUUAGUGGUGAUGGAGGAGCUGGCACCAUAAGUCAGAUCAACUUUGCUGAAGGUAGCCAAGUUAAGUUCAUCAAGAACCGAGUGGACGAGCUUGAUGAAAAGAAUUUUUGGUUCAAAUACAGUUUGAUUGAAGGUGAUGGAAUGAUGGGCAAGCUUGAAAAUAUUACAUAUGAAGUUAAACUUGAGAGCACUGCAGAUGGUGGAAGCAUAAACAAGAUGACAAGCACUUAUUACACAAAGGGUGAUUUUGUGCUAACCGAAGAGGAAAUUAGGGCAGGCAAAGAGAAGGUCUUGGCUAUGUACAAAGUAGGGGAAGCCUAUCUUCUUCAGAAUCCUGAUGCUUAUGCUUAAUUGAUGGAUGGAGGUGAGAGUAUAUGGAGAUCUUGAAUGUUUCGGUGUGUUAAUUAAAAGACUCUUAAUUAGCUUUAAGCAUGAGUGUGGGUAUAAUUGCCUUAAUAAGGAUUGAAAUCCAUCCAUCUAUUAAUGCGGGUCUACUUGAAAUGUUUUCUCUUCCUUUAAUGUACAAUAGAAUUAUAUAUAUUACAAUCAAAAUUUAAGGGGUCAGAA